GCUAAUUAUUACAACGACUACAACUGUUUUGUGUCACUCUGUGUCAGAGGGAAGUUUUGGUUUUUGGUUAUGGGUGUGUGAAGAUCGGCUUUUAAUACAAUAGCUAAUAGCGCUAAUAGUGUUUACAAGAUAGAUUUUGUGGUGUGGUGUCUUCAGUCUUAUGUGAAUUUUCCAAUACGGAGUGUAGGUGUUACAGCCAAAAGGCAAAAAUCUGAGGUUUCCCAACUAGCCCAAUAUCUUAUAGUACUGAAAUACACCAGCAGAAAUGGAUCAAAUACCUCCUCCGAAGGAAGUGAAGAUUCUUGAAACGGCUGAAGAUAUUCAAGAACGCCGUCAAGAGGUUCUUUCACGCUAUGACAAUUUCAAGGCCGAUGCUAGAGCGAAAAGAGAGAAGCUUGAGGAUUCACGAAGAUUCCAGUAUUUCAAAAGGGAUGCCGAUGAAUUGGAAUCUUGGAUAUUGGAGAAACUUCAGUCAGCUUCAGAUGAAAACUAUAAAGACCCUACAAAUCUACAGGCAAAAAUUCAAAAACAUCAGGCAUUUGAAGCAGAAGUGGCAGCGCACAGCAAUGCAAUUGUUGUUCUGGACAACACUGGCAGAGAAAUGAUUAAUCAAAAUCAUUAUGAAAGUGAAACGAUCCGCAGGAGAUUGGAAGAGCUGCACAGACUGUGGGAACAGCUUCUUUCCAAGCUGGCCGAAAAGGGGAUGAAACUACAACAAGCUCUGGUUCUCGUCCAGUUCAUUAGGCAUUGUGAUGAAGUAAUGUUUUGGAUAAACGAGAAAAGUGCAUUUCUAUCAACCGAGGAAUUUGGUCAUGAUUUGGAACAUGUGGAGGUAUUGCAACGAAAAUUCGAUGAGUUCCAAAAAGAUAUGGCAUCACAAGAAUACCGUGUGGUCGAAGUAAAUGACUUGGCGGACAAACUACUGCAGGAUGGUCAUCCCGAACGCGACCAAAUUGUUAGACGUAAAGAGGAGGUUAACACCGCAUGGCAGAAACUUAAGCAAAUGACACUUGCCAGGCAGGAUAAACUAUAUGGUGCUCAUGAAAUCCAGAGAUUCAACAGAGACUCCGACGAAACCGUAGCUUGGAUUGCAGAAAAGGAUGUCGUCCUAUCAUCUGACGAUUAUGGGAGAGAUCUUGCUAGUGUGCAAGCACUUCAAAGGAAACACGAAGGUGUUGAAAGAGACUUGGCUGCUCUAGAAGAUAAAGUUGCUACCCUUGGUAAAGAGGCAGACAGAUUGUGUGCUAUUCAUGGAGAUCAUGCUGAUGUUAUCCAGGCUAAGAGGGCUGAAAUCGAAGCUUACUGGCAAAGUUUGACAGCAAAAGCAAAGGAACGCAAAGAAAAGCUGGAAGAAUCAUACUCGCUCCACCGAUUCUUGUCAGAUUACCGCGAUUUGGUUUCGUGGAUCAAUGAUAUGAAAGCGAUCAUAUCCGCUGAUGAACUGGCCAAGGACGUGGCCGGGGCAGAAGCACUUCUGGAACGACAUCAAGAGCAUCGCGGCGAGAUCGACGCCAGAGAGGACAGUUUCGCAGCUGUUGCGGAAGCUGGAAAUAGUCUGCUGGAAAGAGAUCACUAUGCUAGUGACGAGGUCAAGGAGAAGCUGGCCAUGCUUGAAAAUGACAAAAAGUCUUUGAUUGCCUUGUGGGACGAGCGUCGUAUCUUGUACGAACAAUGCAUGGACCUACAGUUAUUCUACCGAGACACUGAACAGGCUGAUACAUGGAUGGCGAAACGUGAAGCGUUCCUAGCUAACGAAGACCUGGGCGAUUCAUUGGAUUCGGUCGAAUCUCUGAUGAAAAAACACGAAGAUUUCGAGAAAAGUCUGGCUGCGCAUGAAGAGAAGAUUAAAGCAUUGGACGAAUUCGCUACGAAGUUGAUCGACGGAGAACACUAUGCUGCUGACGACGUUGCACAGAGAAGAGCGAUGUUACUGGAACGGCGCCAGAUUCUGAAAGAAAGGUCCGGCAUUCGGCGCGCCUUGCUAGAGGACGCUUACAAACUACAACAGUUUGAACGAGAUUGUGAUGAGACAAAGGGAUGGAUCAACGAGAAGCUCAAGUUCGCGACCGAUGAAAGCUAUCUCGAUCCGACUAAUCUUGGCGGAAAGGUGCAGAAACAUCAGAAUUUCGAGCAGGAGCUAAACGCUAACAAAUCGAGGAUGGAAGAGAUUACAUCCACUGGCCAGGAGUUGAUUGAAGCAAAACAUUAUGCCUCACCUCGCAUCCAAUCUCGUAUGGAGGAAAUUGUCAACUUGUGGGAGACCCUUGUGCAAGCGACUGAUAAAAAGAACUCAAAAUUACAGGAGGCUCUUCAGCAGCAACAGUUUAAUCGAACUAUAGAGGAUAUCGAAUUGUGGCUAUCGGAAAUCGAAGGGCAACUGAUGUCCGAAGAUUAUGGCAAGGAUUUGACGUCUGUGCAAAACUUACAGAAAAAGCAUGCUCUUCUCGAGUCCGACGUAGUCUCUCACCAAGACAGAAUCGAAGCCAUAACAUCAACUGCCAGACAGUUUGUCGAACGUGGACACUUUGAUGCUGAUACAAUUGCACAUAAGCAAAAGAUACUAGCCGACAGAUAUGCUGCCUUACAAACGCCAAUGGCCAUCAGGAAACAAAGGUUAUUAGACUCACUGCAGGUGCAACAGCUUUUCCGAGAUGUUGAGGAUGAAGAAGCGUGGAUUAGAGAAAAGGAACCUAUUGCUGCCAGUACUAAUAGAGGUCGUGACUUGAUCGGCGUCCAGAAUCUGAUCAAAAAGCAUCAAGCAGUGCUAGCUGAAAUCCAUAACCACGAGGCUCGCAUACAAGCAGUUAUCGAAGCUGGCAAGCAGAUGAUGGAAGAUGAACACUUCGCCAGUGACGAAAUCAGGAAUAGAGUCAAUGCGUUGAAUGAUCAUUGGGAGCAGCUGAAAGAAAAAUCAUCACAGCGCAAGCAAGAUUUGGAGGAUUCGUUACAAGCCCACCAGUAUUACGCUGAUGCCAAUGAAGCGGAGUCAUGGAUGAAGGAGAAGGAGCCGAUUGUGAAUAGUACAGAUUACGGGAAAGAUGAGGAUUCAUCGGAGGCGCUUUUGAAAAAACAUGAAGCGUUGAUGAGUGAUCUGAUUGCAUUCGGAAACACCAUCGAAGCCUUGAAGGAGCAAGCUAAAAAUUGCCGGCAGCAAGAGCCUCCUGUCGUUGAUGUAACUGGAAGAGAAACUGUUCAAGCUUUGUACGAUUACACUGAAAAAUCGGCACGAGAAGUAUCUAUGAAAAAGGGAGAUCUUCUUUACCUUUUGAACUCCAAUAAUAAGGACUGGUGGAAGGUAGAAAUCCACGACCGUCAAGGAUUCGUACCCGCCGCAUAUGUAAAGAAAGUAGACGCUGGGCUGACUGCUUCUCAGCAAAAUCUUUUGGAUAGCAACUCGAUAUCUGCUCGACAGAGUCAGAUCAACCAACAAUACGAGCACCUUUUGCAGUUAGCCAAUGAGAGAAGGAAUAAGUUAGAUGAGACUGUCAAAGCGUACGUAUUGGUCCGAGAAGCUGCCGAGCUGGCCGGAUGGAUAAAAGAUAAGGAGAUGCAUGCUCAGGUACAAGAUGUCGGUGAAGACCUCGAGGAAGUAGAAGUCUUACAAAAGAAAUUCGACGACUUCAGAACCGACCUAAAGGCGAACGAGGUUCGUUUGGCUGAAAUGAACGAGAUCGCUAUGCAGCUGGUUUCCCUAGGCCAGACCGAAGCUGCGCUCAAGAUCCAAACCCAGAUGCAGGUCCUGAACACCAAAUGGACCAGCUUACAGCAACUGACCAACGAGAGAGCCACCCAGCUGGGAUCUGCUCAUGAAGUGCAGCGGUUUCACAGGGACGUUGAUGAGACCAAGGAUUGGAUAAAUGAAAAGGACGAAGCUUUGAAUAACGAGGAUUUGGGAAAGGACUUGAGGACUGUUCAAGCACUGCAGAGGAAACAUGAAGGCUUGGAGAGAGAUUUGGCUGCUCUUAGUGACAAGAUAAAACAACUUGAUGAAACUGCUAAUCGCCUAGCUGCUACAUACCCAGAAUCUACUGAGCAAACUCUGGCCAAACAGCGAGAAAUCAAUACAAUGUGGACACAACUGACCGCUAAAACCAACAGCCGCAAAGAAAAGCUGCUGGACUCGUACGACUUGCAAAGAUUUUUGAACGAUCACAGGGAUCUUUUGGCGUGGAUAAACUCAAUGCUAGGGUUAGUCAGUUCCGAUGAAUUGGCUAAUGAUGUGACAGGGGCUGAAGCGUUAAUUGAGAGACAUCAGGAACACCGCACAGAAAUAGAUGCUCGAGCAGGAACUUUCCAAGCUUUGGAGCAGUUUGGUCAACAAUUGCUGAACUCUAACCACUAUGCCAGUCUAGAGAUCCAGGAAAAACUGGAGGAGUUGAACUCCACUAGAGCUGAUCUCGAACGUGCUUGGAUAGAUAGACGUCUUCAGUUGGAUCAAAAUUUGGAGUUGAACCUCUUCUACAGAGACUGUGAACAGGCUGAAAACUGGAUGUCAGACAGGGAAGCAUUCUUGGCAUCUGACGUAGUAGAUUCUAAUGGAGACAAUGUUGAAGCACUUAUCAAAAAACACGAAGAUUUUGAUAAGGCUAUAAAUGUCCAUGAAGAGAAAAUCGCAACCUUACAGUCGCUUGCUGACCAACUCAUUGCCCGCGAGCAUUAUGCUUCGAAGCCGAUCGACGAAAAGCGCAAUCAAGUACUGAACCGUUGGCAUCACUUGAAAGACGCACUGAUCCAAAAACGUUCUAAGCUCGGCGAGAGCCAAACAUUGCAGCAGUUCUCGCGGGAUGCGGACGAGAUCGAAAACUGGAUUGCGGAGAAGCUUCAAUUGGCUACCGAAGAAAGCUACAAGGAUCCGGCGAACAUCCAGUCCAAGCACCAGAAACACCAGGCAUUUGAAGCUGAGCUGGCAGCUAAUGCCGAUCGAAUUCAGGCAGUAUUGGCCAACGGAGCCAAUUUGAUAGAGAAACGCCAGUGCGCAGGAUCUGAAGCUGCGGUGCAGAAACGAUUGGAGUCUAUUGCUGAUCAGUGGGAAUUCCUUACUCAGAAAACAACCGAGAAGUCACUCAAACUCAAAGAAGCUAACAAGCAACGUUCGUACAUCGCUGCAGUAAAAGACCUUGACUUCUGGUUAGGAGAAGUCGAAAGUCUUUUGACCAGCGAAGACGCCGGAAAGGACCUUGCUUCUGUUCAGAAUUUGAUGAAGAAGCAUCAACUUGUCGAUGCAGAUAUUCAACACCACGAAGACAGAAUAAACGAUAUGAACAGUCAGGCAGACUCGUUGAUUGAAAGCGGUCAGUUUGAUACGGCAUCUAUCCAAGAAAAGCGUCAGUCUAUCAACGAACGAUACGAACGAAUCAAGAACUUGGCUGCCCACAGGCAGGCCAGGCUCAACGAAGCAAAUACUCUUCACCAGUUCUUCAGAGAUAUCGCCGAUGAAGAAUCAUGGAUUAAGGAGAAAAAACUGCUUGUUGGCUCUGACGACUACGGUCGCGAUCUAACCGGCGUCCAAAACCUGAAGAAAAAGCAUAAGCGACUAGAAGCUGAGCUGGCAUCGCAUGAACCCGCCAUUCAAGCCGUCCAGGAGGCAGGAGAUAAGCUGAUGGAUGUCUCCAAUCUGGGCGUGCCCGAGAUUGAACAGCGUCUCAAAGCGCUCAACCAGACCUGGAUGGAGCUGAAGCAGAUGGCUGCUACCAGAGGGCAAAAGCUUGACGAGUCGCUCAUCUAUCAACAGUUCUUAGCAAAGGUCGAAGAGGAAGAAGCAUGGAUCAGCGAAAAACAGCAGUUGCUGGGCGUCGAAGAUUAUGGUGAUACUAUGGCAGCUGUUCAAGGUCUACUCAAGAAGCACGAUGCGUUCGAAACCGACUUCCAGGCUCAUAGAGACAGGUGCUUGGCCAUUGAGAAAGAGGGAGCCCAACUUGUGACGCAAGGGAAUCAUCAUGCGGAUAGCAUUAAGCAGAGAUGUCAACAGUUGCAGACAAAACUGGACCACCUGGCAGCUCUUGCAUGUCGUCGUAAGGCGAAAUUGGUUGACAAUUCUGCAUACCUUCAGUUUAUGUGGAAAGCGGACGUUGUGGAGAGCUGGAUUGCUGACAAAGAGACACAUGUCAAAAGUGAGGAGUUCGGUAGGGACUUAUCGUCCGUGCAGACCUUGUUGACCAAGCAAGAGACAUUCGAUGCAGGUCUCACAGCCUUUGAACACGAGGGAAUCCAGAAUAUAACAUCCCUGAAGGAUCAGCUGAUACAGGCAAACCAUAACCAGACACCAGCAAUUCUUCAAAGACACGCUGAUGUUAUUGCAAGAUGGCAAAAAUUAUUGGCAGACUCCGAUGCACGUAAGCAGCGCCUGCUACGCAUGCAGGAACAGUUCAGGCAGAUUGAAGAGCUAUUCCUGAUGUUCGCAAAACGCGCAUCUGCCUUCAAUUCAUGGUUCGAAAAUGCCGAGGAAGACCUGACCGACCCCGUGCGUUGCAAUUCCAUCGAAGAGAUAAAGGCACUGAAAGAUGCGCACGCCCAAUUUCAGGCAUCACUUAGCAAUGCGCAUGAGGAUUUCAACGCUCUUGCUGCACUUGAUGAAAAAAUCAAGGGCUUCAAAGUUGGACCGAACCCUUACACUUGGUUUAAUAUGGAAGCUUUGGAAGAGACUUGGAGGAAUCUGCAAAAGAUUAUCGAAGAACGGGAUAUCGAAUUGAAUAAGGAAACGCAAAGGCAAGAAGAAAAUGAUAAACUCAGAAAGGAAUUUGCCAAGCAUGCCAAUGCAUUUCAUCAGUGGCUAACUGAAACCCGUACAUCAAUGAUGGAAGGUACCGGAUCGCUGGAACAGCAACUGGAGGCAACUAAGCGUAAGGCAGCUGAGGUGCGCGCUCGUCGCUCCGAUUUGAAAAAAAUCGAAGAUCUGGGUGCUAUCCUAGAGGAACACCUUAUACUGGAUAACAGAUAUACGGAGCACUCCACGGUUGGUUUGGCGCAGCAAUGGGAUCAGCUCGAUCAACUUGGCAUGCGUAUGCAGCACAAUCUUGAGCAGCAGAUACAGGCCAGAAAUCAAUCAGGUGUGAGUGAAGAUGCCCUCAAAGAAUUCUCUAUGAUGUUCAAACACUUUGACAAAGAGAAGACAGGAAAACUGAACCACCAAGAAUUCAAGAGCUGUUUGCGUGCUCUAGGUUAUGACCUUCCGAUGGUUGAUGAAGGUCAACCAGAUCCAGAAUUUGACGCUAUUCUAGAUGUGGUGGAUCCAAACAGGGAUGGAUAUGUUUCCUUACAGGAAUAUAUGGCGUUUAUGAUUAGCAAAGAAACAGAAAAUGUGCAGAGUUCUGAAGAAAUAGAAAAGGCCUUCCGCGCGAUUACAGCGGGUGAUAGACCUUAUGUGACUAAGGAGGAAUUAUAUGCGAACCUGACCAAAGAAAUGGCGGACUAUUGCGUUGCCAGGAUGAAACCUUAUAUCGAACAAAAAACAGAACGACCCAUUGCUGGUGCACUAGAUUACAUAGAAUUCACGCACACCUUGUUCCAGAAUUGAUUAAUCUUAUAAAACAUAGAUAUUCUAUUAUAGCAAUAGUUUUUUAAAGCUUAUACACUAUCUAUCGAAUAAGUUCGUGCAACAUGAUUUACUAAUGACACAUUUAUUCCUUUUUUGUAAUCAUAUUUUUAGGUAAAGUAUUGUAUGUACUUUGAAGAAGAUACACGGUUAUUUGAGAGUUUGGAAAUGGUCAAAGAUCUCGGGUAGUAGUGAACUACCAAAUUAUAAAUGGGGAUGACUGAUUCGGAAACAACGUUUUAUCAAAUAUUAACCUUCUACUUUACUUCCAAUUUACCUAUAUAUGGCAGUAUUGUCAAAAAUAUGGAAACGGUCGAAUCUGACUGGUAUAUCAUCCUACUGUUCUAAAUUUGGGGCAUAUCAGUCCACUACUUCCCCAGGAAUUCUACUGAAUCGCUACCAGACUUUCAAACAGCCGAAUAUAUAAAUAUAUAAUUAUAUGCCCCUACAUAUGAUUGUUUUCUUAUGUCUUAGAGACCUUGAAGUAGUGUCUAGAGAUGU